AUGGGAUCGUGUUUAUCAACAAUUAAGUCGCUGCAAAUACUAAAGGUUUCGGAAGGCAGUGUAUCGCACAAGAAUGGCAUUCUUCCGUUCAUACACUCAAUAGUUGGCUUCAAUGGAAAGGCAAUUGAAAGCAAGGACGACGCACUGAUUAUGAACAAGGAGUGGGAGCGCAAAGCUCUUCAGCUGGAGUUGAUAGACAUGAGAACCAUGGAGACAUCUGUUCUUGAGAUACCGAAGAAGGAUAAAACAAGACUUGGAAUCAGCGUGAAGUUCCAUCAGAAUAUUGCCAGUCUUCUUUCCAUGGAGGUUUUGAGAGUGAAUUCAGGCUCUCCAGCAGAGAAAGCAGGGAUGGUGGUUGGAGACUAUAUUCUCGGAAUAGAAAACAUAUAUUCAAAGGAUGAAGAUGACCUGCUGAGGUUUCUUGAAUUGAAUAGAAGACGAACGGUUCCAUUGUUUGUUUACAAUAACGACCUUGAAUAUGUGAGAGUAGUUUAUCUUCAGGUAGGGAUGGACAUAUUAUUGGGAUGCCAGGUGGGGAUAGGAGAGCUGUAUAAGGUGCCUUUCAAUCCAAGGAGAAGCAUGGUUGAGUUCAAUAGUGAAAUAACCAAGAAUGAUGUUAAGAGGCUUAGAAGGAAGCUCCGUGGAAAGGAUAUCAUCAGCAGUAGGCUAAGAGAUGUUGUUAGUGGGAACGAAAUAUUUUCUGAGUCUGUGUCGAGCACCUAUGUUUGGGAUGCUCAAGAAAAAACGCCUUCAUAUGACUUCAUGAGUUCGGACAAGAAGAAAGGACUUUCGGAAAGGGUCUCUUCGGGGAUAGUUAGAGAUUCCCAGGCCUUGGAUAUUCCUUUCUUGGAUAUGGAGGAUGCGAAUGAGAUUCCUGUGAUACUUCCUGAGAGCCUUACCUAUGAGGUCCCUAUAGACAGACAAAGACGGGUAGACAAAGAAGAAAGUAAGAAAUCCAAGAGUAUUUUAAGCAUUCUCGAGCAUGAGAACGACGAUAAUUUUGACUUUGAAGGUAGUCUUUCCCUGGUGAGGAGUAAUGGGGCUAGGAAAAAGGAAAGGGAGAAGGAAGAAGCUGGAAAGAGAGAAGAACCUAAAGAAAGGGCGGAAAACAUGCCGCAAGAGGGGGAAAGAAAUGAUGAAGUAUCGGAGGCCUUUUUCCUUCCCAUAGAGAAGGGUGAUUCCCAGAAAGACGAGUUUGAUGCAAGAAACUUCUUGUCAAGUCUGAGUCUUUCUUUUUAUGGGACUGACAACGGAUAUGAUUCUGGCAGUUCUCAAAAGACUGUGGUAUCAUCGUCUCAGGAAGGAGACAACAAAUGUCCCUUGUGUUUUGAAUGCCAUCAGGAAGAACAUACGGUAUUUGGUAGUGAGGUAUCGGGAGUCUCAAAUUUAGAGACAAGUUAUGAUGCGGAAGACAACGAGGAAAGAGAAGAGUUUAGUGAAAUAUCACCUGACGUAUUCAACAGUCAUCCAAGAGUAGACAAGGUCUAUACGUCUUUGGACCAGUUCAGAGUAAUGGAGGGCCUAGAAAGCAAUGGCCCAUAUUCCGAGGAAGACAGCCGGGAAUCUGCAAAUGUCGGAUCCCCUCCCUACAGUGAUCCUGGAUCAAUUUUGUGA